AUGAAACGAGGCAAUGCUUUUGUGCCAAAAAUAGCUGAUGACACUUUAGUGAAAACCUCAAUCCUCGUCCGUAUUUUAGCAUUAGUUACCUUACUUUUUAUAAUUCCUCUAGAAGGUCUCUUAAGAGAAGUCUUAUCAAAUUGAGGAACAGGAUUUAUUUAUGAUCUCCAACAAGACCGAACUGAUAGUGGAAAAGAUUUUUUUAGGCUGGUUUCUUAUCUCGGCACAGAAUGAAUGCUGAUUGCUGUAGCACCAGCUUUUUAUCACCUAUGUGAUCCAAGGAGAGGAAUUAAAGUGAUAUUUAUUUCUUGCUUCUCAAUGUACUUGUAUAGCUUUAUUGCUUUAUUUUACAAAGAGCCACGGCCAUUUUGGGUUGAUGAUGAUUUAAGAAGGUAAUUAUGAAAAAAAACCUAAUGUGUAAAUUACAGUAAAUUUGAAACCUAUGAUAGUGAUUGUAAAUUUUAAAAAUUUUAAAUCGCAUGAAAAAAAUCAAACAGAAAAAAAAAUUUUUUUUAUACCGUAAAAAACUCCACAGUCGAUUUUUUGUUAUUUUCGCUGUUAAUUAAUGUUAUUAAUAACUUAUCCGAUCGUAUAAAAAUGGAAAAAUCAAUGCUAGAUAAAUCAUAAUUAAUAAUCUAUAUGAUUGAAAUAAAACAAUAAAGGAACUUUAUCGCACCUUUUCGGGCCAUAUAGGGAAAACUCCUAUAUUUUUUUUCAUUUAAGUUUUUGACUAAAAAAAUGACUAUAAAACACUCCAAAAAAUUUUAAUAAAAUAUAUGACAUAUAGUUAAUAGUAAUUGCAAUUUUAUGAUGCUAAAUCAUAUAUUUUUUAUAGAUAAUCCUAAUGAUCCCUUAUCUAAGCAACGACAAAUGGAUAAAAAAAACUAAAAUGAUUUUAAAUAAAAAAUAAUAAGAGAGCCAUUUAAAAUUUUACUUUCUAAUUCUAAAAUUCCCUCUUCGCCAUUGGAGAGCCAUAGGAAAAAAUUGAUUAAUUAUUAGCCCUUUGUUAGGAAGCAAAAAAAUUAAUAUCAUAGAGGUAAUAAUAAUUUGAUAUAUAAUUAAUGGCAAGCACAAUGAAAUCUUUAGCUAAUUCUAUUAAACUUUAGAAAGCUGAUGCUACGAAACAUAAAUUUUUAUCAUUAGAUAAGAUUCUUGAUUUCAAUAUUUACAAAUUUGGAUUUGAAAAUCCAGAAAGAUUUUACUAUUAUUAUUAAUUAUGAUUGCAUCUAUUAUUGAUUCUCCAUUUUAUACGAUCGGAUAAGUUUUUAAUAUAUUUAAUACCAUUAAUUCAUAAUAUCUGUUUUUGCAAAGGUUUUUUUUAUACGAAAAUGACAAAAAAUCAACUGUGGAGGUUUUUCACAGUGUGUUUCUUCAUGCAAUUUUAAAAAUUUACAGUCACUUUUAUAGGUUUCAAAUUUACUGUAAUUUACCCACCAGAUUAUUUUUCAUGACUACCCUUUAAGAAGUGUGCUAUGCAGGUCAGGCUAUGCGAAUCCAGCUGCAGAAAUUUUAUUAGGUUCCGUAUUAUACUGCACCACUGCGAUUGAAUUUUUUCACCGCAGCAGAUUUCGAAUUCUUGCUUAUUCUUUGACAGUAACUCUGCUUAUCCUUUUAAGCUGCGGCACCGUAUAUCUAGGAGAAUAUUUCCCGCAUCAAAUUUUUAUUACAUUUUGCUAUGCUUUUAUUUAUUUGACAGCUUUAUUUGUGUUUGACAAACUUAUGAUGGAUUUUACAUUAAAAAGCUGCUUUAAUUACAAAACUAAUAGAGUUUAUGUGGUUUAUUGAUUUAUUGUGACUAUGUUUUUAUUGCUAGGGGUAGUAUCUAUAUAUGAUAUUGUUACACUAAAUCAUGCGACUGAUAUUUCAUGGAUAAAAAAUGCGACGACACAUUGUAACUGGAAUUAUGAUGUAGGCGGGGCGUCUACAUUUUAUAAGUCUGCUUGGAUUUUUUAUAAUUUAGGGUUUGUGACUGGGUCUAUGUUUACUGCAAAAUAUUUAUCGAUGUUUUGGGGGUGCACAAGUUUAUGGAAAAGUUUUCUCAGGUAUGCGAUUUCUGCUGGUAUUAGCAUUGGAAUAUAUAAGCUGUUCAGCUUAAUAGUAGCAGAGGACACCACAACAGAGUACAUGUGAAAAUACGCCUUUCCGUUAUUUUUAAUUGCUUAUAUAUAUUUUUCUAUGAAUAUUUAUAGUAAAUCAUAAUUAAAUUGGCUCCAGCUUAUUCAUAUAAAAUAAGUUAUACCCAGUGCUGAUGAAUUAUUAUUAAUUUUAAUGAAUUUUAUUAAAAUUCAAAAUAAUAAAAUAUAAUAUAUAUGUGCAGGACUUUUACCACUAUUUUUCUCAAAAAUCCAAUUAGCUUUGGAUGUCCCUCCAGAUAUAGAUGAAGAAAAUGAGCUUAAAUCGAUAGGCAAAACUAAACGUAAAUUAUAA